UAUCUCUACUCUUCAUCUAUAAAUCCGCCAUUAUUACUGUCAUCUUCUAGAGCUACUUUCUCUCACUACAAUCCCCCAUGAAAACUCCUUCUUCCUUCUAAAACCGAAGCUCUACUCACUCACCAUGGUCUCCAUAGGCGAUUCACACUCCAAUCCGAACAUCAAUGCUCGCUUCAACUACAACCAAGCGAGGCCUUACUAUUACUACACUCCGCCGCCGUCCUCCGCUAAGAUAAGCCGCUCCAUGGGGCGAUCCAUGCGCACAAUUCGCUCCACCAUCUUCAACACCGAUCAAUCCGUUCCGGUGUGUGAUAAAUCGCCUAAUUUAUCUGAGAAUCUCACCGACUCCGUUAUCGACCUGCGACUCGGCGAGCUUGCUAGUAAAUCCUCUACCGAUUCGAAGAGCCCUUCCUCGGAGGAUUUCGACGAUAUGCUAGACAUAUCUCACGCGUUCAGCGAUUUCUCGGCGUGCUCCAGCGAUAUCUCCGGCGAGCUUCAGCGCCUCGCGAGUGUGCCGGAUCCGGCUGUUGAUGAGGUCACGAGCUCUGAGCAUGAGCAGGAGCCUUGCUACGGAUUUCUACAGAGAGAGACGUUUUCGACGGAGAUUAUCGAGAGCAUCUCGCCGGAGGAUCUCCAACCAACGGUCAAGCUCUGCGUCGACGGGUUGCAGUCUUCUUCAAUUGCGGUGAAGAGGUCUGCGGCGGCCAAAUUGCGGUUAUUGGCGAAGAAUCGCGCUGAUAAUCGGGUUUUAAUCGGGGAAUCCGGCGCGGUGCCUGCUCUAAUUCCGCUUCUCAAUUGCUCUGACCCUACCGCGCAGGAACACGCGGUGACUGCGCUGCUUAAUCUCUCCCUCCACGACGGCAACAAGAGCGUGAUAACCAGAGCCGGCGCUGUGAAAUCCCUAAUUUAUGUUUUGAAAACAGGCACCGAGGUGUCGAAGCAGAACGCGGCUUGCGCGCUGCUGAGUCUGGCUCUGGUUGACGAGUACAAGCUCUCGAUUGGAGCUUGUGGCGCGAUACCGCCGCUGGUUGCGCUGCUGAUAAACGGCUCGGUCAGAGGGAAAAAGGACGCGCUCACGACGCUGUACAAGCUGUGCUCUGUUCCGUUGAAUAAGGAGAGAGCGGUGAGCGCCGGUGUGGUCAGGCCGCUAGUGGGGCUGGUGGCUGAACAGGGGACUGGAUUGGCGGAGAAGGCGAUGGUGGUUUUGAGCAGCUUGGCGGGGAUUGAGGUAGGGCAAGAGGCGAUCAUUGAAGAAGACGGGAUUCCGGCGUUGGUGGAGUCAAUUGAGGAUGGGAGCAACAAAGGGAAGGAGUUUGCAGUGCUGACUCUUCUCCAGCUUUGCGCCGAGAGUGUUAGAAACAGGGGUUUGCUUGUCAGAGAAGGAGGCAUUCCGCCGUUGGUGGCGCUGUCGCAGAAUGGGACGGCUAAAGCUAAGCAUAAGGCUGAAAGGCUUCUUGGGUACUUAAGAGAACAAAGACAUGAAGCUUCUUCUUCAAGUCCAUAGAAGGGGGAGAGGUAUAAAAGAUGAUUUAUUAUUGUACUAUGAUUUCUUGAUAGCUUGCUGUUGGCUGUAUAUAGCAAGUGUUUUCUUGGACUUGUACAGAGAGUGCUCGAGUAAUUUGAGGUUUUUGAAGGGGAAAAAACUCUAGAAAAAAAAGAGAAAAAUUAAGAGGCUACUAGUUAGUGAUAAGAAGCUGACCUCAGUAGUAGUAUUCUGUGUUUGUUUGACUGGUUCUUUUCUAGGGAGGUCUUUGCCCUGAUCGGGUGAUCCCUUCCUUUUCUAACUCCCGCCGUUUUGUAUUUUUUGUUUGAGGGGAGAAGCUGUUUCUUAGCUUGUGUAGUGAGAAUUCAGGUCAUCAUCCUUGGUUUUGUUGGGUGAACGUAGUCUUGUUCGGAUAUAGUGUUAGUAGUUUGUUAUGAUAUCCCAGUGUUGUAUUUUUGGGGGCUUCGUUUUAUAUAUAUGUGGGAUAGAAUGCUAUUAUAUCUCGGUGCCCAUUAGUUUUGCUGCUUGCUCUGUAUUGAUGUGAAUAAUAUCUUGAAUACAAGAUUCUUUAGCUUGCCAA